UUUAUGGCCGUUGUAUAGAGUUCGAAUAGUUCAAUGUUAUCAGAAUUGAUCUUAUUUCGUGCAGGGCACAUACCUGAUGCCAUUCUCGAUACGCAUGCGAGAAUAUUAGGACGAAUCUGGGGAACCAUAGGUUGGAUAAUUGGCUCUCAGAGGAAAGCAGUAUUUUGUGAAAAGCUUAUAUUAUAACUAAAAAAAAGGAUGGCGCAGUUACCAUCACCAUUCAUUACUCACAGCAGAAAAGUAUGCAGUUUUUAUAAACGUGUUUUGCGAUGUGUAGAAGACUGGCAUCCCAAAAGAACAGAUUUCAGGUACCAUGCAGUUCUAAUGAGGCAACGUUUUGAAGAAAACCGACGUAUACCUGAUGCGCGUGUCGCAAAACAACUUUUAGUAGACGGCGAAGAAGAACUGUUUCAGGCACAACAUUGGCAGCCAAAGAAAUUUACAGAUUCUGUAGAUGGGAUAGCUUAUAAUCGUGAAUCCUUUAUACCUGACUAUGUACUUGAUGAAUGGACUCCCAUGGAAAAGGCUAUGUAUCCAAAAUAUUUUGCCCAAAGAGAGGAGCUCAAAAAGGAAUACGAGGAGCUUUAUUAUAAAAUGUUUCCUGAAACUUCUAAAGAACCGACUGAAAAAAAAUAGACACGUAUCUUUAUAGUUAUAAUAGUUAAAUGUACUAUUUAU